AUGUUGCGUGUUACUCGUUACUGUGAUAAAAUAAAUGUGUUAACUUGCACCAUGAAAGAUAUAGUGCCCCGUGAUGUUCGAUGCACAAAGUGGCAACUUGGUUGCCUACUUGGCUUUCAGUUUUACGUAAUGACAAUCAAGGCAACCAAGCAUCCUAUCGUUGCGUUGCGUUCUAAGACAAAUCAAGUCAUCUUGAAGGAACGUUGCUGUUUUUCUUCUUCGAAAUUGUUUUAGUUUAUUUCCCGUGCAGGGUUGCUUAACGUUUGGCUAAUAAACGAAGCCAUUUUUGCUACAAUGUUAAGAAAAGUGUCAGAAGUUUUGCAUCCCAUCCUUCUUAUUGAUAGUGCAAGACAAAGUGAAGUUAUUGCUCGUUUUCAAAGGCUUCGAAGGAUAGAUUUAAGCAAGCAGCGAGUUACCAAAGAAGCUGCAAUAUUGAUUCCUUUAUGUUUGGUGGACGGUAAUGUAAGCUUACUGUACACGCUACGAUCCAACAGCCUGAGGAACCAUCGGGGUCAAGUGUCCUUUCCUGGCGGUAUGAAAGAAAAGACAGACGCGAGUAUUGAAGACUGCGCUUUGCGCGAGUUUGAAGAGGAGACGGGCAUUUCGAAGAGCUUGUUAAAUGUCUGGGGAUGUGGUAAUCCAUUCGUUCCUGCCUCCGAUCUUUCUAUUACACCCGUCGUAGCUAACAUCGUGGAUUACUCGCUCGACCAGCUGAAGCCCAGCGCCGAAGAGGUGGCAAAAGUGUUCACGGUACCAAUAGAAACGUAUUCGCAAACGCAGAAUCGGAAACAUACUCAGUUUCGGUCAGGCUACAGCUCACCAGUCUUUCUGAACGGCCCGGAAACGGUUUGGGGCAUUACGGCGAUUGUCACUCACCUCUUUCUAACAGCGUUACUACCGGACAUCUACGAUAACCGCUUACCGUUUUUGCGACAAUACAGCAACCAACGAAUAGAGAAACGAUAGGAAAGUUCCACUAGUGAGAGUAAUAUACUUUGGAAAGUAGAACCACCCCAAUCAAACAAAGCCAAAAGGUUGCAAUGAAACUUCGUACAGACGAUUGAACAUCAGUAUGCAUUGAUUUAUUUGUACCGAAAAUUACAAACAUGUGAAUACAUUUACUAACAAAGGGUGGAAAAUACACGUGACAAUCAAAGUACAAUCCAAAACUGGCAUACUGGAAUUAUAAAGGUUUUGUAUAACUUCGAAUGAUCCAGAACCGAACGACGCCUUCUGAAACAAGCGCCCAGGACAGAUAUAAAAUUGAUAUGAACACUGGGCUCAACAUAAUCGGCGUCACGCCCCCCGGGUGACGAUCGACAACGUUUUUGCUGAGCCUAGAAGAAAAGGGUUAUGUAUGCUUCCACACAAAGAUAGGCCUCGGUAGGAUAAGAUGAUUUGAAUCAAGAUUUUUAUUAAUUCGCCACGGAUUGGAGGGGUUGUGAUAUGCUAACAGAGCAGUGAAGACAAAUGUUAGACAGUUACACGCACACAGCAUGGCAAUUGAUUUUAAAAUUGAAAAUAAAGACCUAACACUAACACUAAAGAAAGAACUAAAUAAAGAAA